AUGCCGGAGCACAGUGGAGCCUCGUCGAGCCACGAUAUAGCAAUCAAUCUUCGACCUGUGCUGCACGCAGCGGAGGCUUCGGAGACUCUUCGGGAGCUCAUGCAGCACGUGGAGGCUCUUCAGGCCCAGGCCAGCGGAAAUCAGCUGACGCAACAUCCGGAAUCUGCGCAGCUGCAGGAGCUCCGCGAGGCUCGCGGCGACAGCGCCCGGAGCUCUGAGGAUCACCAGAAGCGUCUGAGCGGUGUGGCCGACGAACUGCAGUCGCAGGCGCUGGUUCUCAAGGCCUUGCAGCAGGCCUCGAAGGACACAACUUCGCAACUGCGAGAAGAGCUUCAAGCGCAGGAUCCUCGCGCUCAAAUCGGUGAGCUCAGCAAGGAGACGGCGAAGCUCCUGGCUGACCUGGGUCGCCAGGUGGAGUCCCUUCGCAGCCCAGAGGUCCCAGAGCGGGUGUCGGAGCUGCAGAGGGGCUUCGAGGCGCUGCAGCGGAGCGUCGAGGCCUUGAGGACCAGCGAAUCCCAACACAUGGCGGAGAUGCAGAGAUCUUCAGAGAGUAACUCUCAGUCUCUUCAGUACCUGCGCGCGCAGGACACGGGGCAAAAGCUCAUCGAGUUGCAGCGGCUCGUGGAGACACAGUCGAGGAGUUUGGAGGCCGCCCGCAGCCAGGACGCCAUGGAGUUGCGGCGUGUCGUGGAGGCCCAGGGAACCCAGCUCUCAGAGGCCUUGCGGAGCCAGGACUCCGAGAAGAAGCUGAGCGAUCUCCGGAAAUCCACUGAGGCGCUGGCAGAUCUUCUGCAGGAGAUGAAGCCCAGAGUUCAGGAGACCUCUGCCGGCCUGGGCUACAUCACCACAGCCAUGGCCACCCACAGACCUGGCAAGCCAGGCGGUCGCACGCCACCAGGAACAGCGCUUUUGCUUUGGGUUGUGCUGGCUCAGAGUGCCAACCAUUCCGCACAGUCGAAGGACGAGCAUGGGACUGGUCAAGACCACAAGCCGAAAGGCGCUCAGGCCCACCAUGACAAGCCACAAGCCCGGCCAGAGCCAGAAGAGAAACACCACCGGACGGAGAGCCACCAGCGGCAGAUGCAGCGAGAGCAGGCAGAGCAGCCCGAGCAGCCGCAGGUUCGCCAGGCGGAAGAACGAACCUGGCACGACUUCCUCCCCCACUUCGCACGGCAGUACACCUCACAGGGUCAUGGAGAACAGAGCGAGUGGGGCCAGUUGGCUGCGGCUCCGCGCACCUCGCUUCGUGGCACCUUGCUGUCGGCGGAGGCACCGGACUAUGCCAGCGUAGCGGCACGUGAGGCCAGCCUGCGCGCGGUCUCCGACUUGGAGCAGCAGGAAGCUCGGGCAGCUGCGACGGCAAGGGACUCCUUGCACGCUCUGCGCCAGACCUCUUCGAAGGACAUCAUCAGCAAGGCCAGCGAUUGGCACUCGAUCCAGGACUUGCUGGCACGCUCCCGGCCAGAAGAUGCAAAGUCCUUCAAGGACAGGUUGGAGGCGACGACGAAGGAGUUGGAACAGUUCAGCUCUCAGCAAACUGCAGCCGGUUUCAAUGCGACGCGAGCAGCGGAGCUUUCGGACAACUUGGACAAAGCAGUGGCUAACGUUGGACAGAGCGUGGAAGUGCAGAGGCACCGUGCAAAAGCGGCAAUCAAGGUCGCGCGGCAAGAUGCACUUGGCCAGGUUCGGGAGCUCGAGAAACGAGCCAGAGCUGCUGUCAGGUCUUGGAGAUCGGAUGGCAGGCAUGCUGUCAAUGCGCAGAGGCAGGCCAACAUGCCGGAGCAGCUCUAUGAGAGCCACGACGACCAAAUGCGAGAUGCCGUCGGCGAUACAGAGCAGGAGGUUGAGAACGCGGCCGAGGGCUUGAAGGACAGCAUAAAUGAACAUUACGGCAAGUUGGAUGACGAACUUGAGGACGCAUCCAUUGGUGCCAGCGGUAAAGCUUUGAGGAAAAAGGCAAGGACGGCCCAAUAUCAUCUGCAAGAGCUUGUCCAGAAACUUGGUGUGCAGGCGGCGCUAUUGGAGGCCCUUGCAAAAUCGCAUUUUGCCGCGGAGGAGAAGUCUUGGAAAGAGUCGCGUGCUCCACAGCUGCUGGCUGCUGUGCCACACACUGCCAACCUCUCUUCUGAAGUCACGACAGCACAGGCACAGGAGCAGCAUGCUGCUGACAGCUUCCAGAACAGCUUGAAGUCUUUGAAGGAAAUGUCUCCCCCGGAGAUUAUCCGCAAAGUUAGCGGCUGGCACACGCUACAGGAACUAGUUGCAGGCUCAAAGCCAAAGGAUACAGAUUCUUGGGAGAAAACCCUUGAGUCCCAAACCCAGAAGCUCGAGCGGUUCAACAACGAGUCUCGCAAAAGCGCCCUCGACUUCGAUGCAUCGCAUGCUGCAGAACUGGCCGACAGUGUCGAAAAAGCUUCCUGGCAUGUGGAGCAUGAUGCAGAGGAGCAGAAGCACAGAAUGAAGGCCACUCUCAAGGACGCGCGGCGCAAAGCGCAUGAGCACGUGAAGGCACUCGAGGCCGAAGCCAAGGCCGCCGCGAAGUCAUGGAAGUAUCAUGGCAGGCGAGCAGUGAGGGCACAGCGAGCGGCACACAUGCCGGAGCAUGUCUACGAGCGGCACGAAGACCAGAUGCAAGAUGCAGUUGGGGAUGCAGAGGACAAGGCCGAGGAUGCGGCGGAGCGCCUGGAAGAACAAGUUGGCCAUCACUACGAGAAGCUGGAGGACGAGCUUGCAGAUGCAUCCAUUGGUGCCAGCGGCAAGGCUUUGAGGCACAGGGCAGAGAAGGCCCAACACCGUCUGCAAGAGCUUGCACGGAAUCUUGGUGCGCAGGCGGCGCUAAAGGAGGCCCUUGCAAAAGCGCGCUUUGCUGCAGAGGAGAAGUCUUGGAAAGAGUCGCGUGCUCCACAGCUGCUGGCUGCUGUGCCACACACUGCCAACCUCUCUUCUGAAGUCACGACAGCACAGGCACAGGAGCAGCAUGCUGCUGACAGCUUCCAGAACAGCUUGAAGUCUUUGAAGGAAAUGUCUCCCCCGGAGAUUAUCCGCAAAGUUAGCGGCUGGCACACGCUACAGGAACUAGUUGCAGGCUCAAAGCCAAAGGAUACAGAUUCUUGGGAGAAAACCCUUGAGUCCCAAACACAGAAGCUCGAGCGGUUCAACAACGAGUCUCGCAAAAGCGCCCUCGACUUCGAUGCAUCGCAUGCUGCAGAACUGGCCGACAGUGUCGAAAAAGCUUCCUGGCAUGUGGAGCAUGAUGCAGAGGAGCAGAAGCACAGAAUGAAGGCCACUCUCAAGGACGCGCGGCGCAAAGCGCAUGAGCACGUGAAGGCACUCGAGGCCGAAGCCAAGGCCGCCGCGAAGUCAUGGAAGUAUCAUGGCAGGCGAGCAGUGAGGGCACAGCGAGCGGCACACAUGCCGGAGCAUGUCUACGAGCGGCACGAAGACCAGAUGCAAGAUGCAGUUGGGGAUGCAGAGGACAAGGCCGAGGAUGCGGCGGAGCGCCUGGAAGAACAAGUUGGCCAUCACUACGAGAAGCUGGAGGACGAGCUUGCAGAUGCAUCCAUUGGUGCCAGCGGCAAGGCUUUGAGGCACAGGGCAGAGAAGGCCCAACACCGUCUGCAAGAGCUUGCACGGAAUCUUGGUGCGCAGGCGGCGCUAAAGGAGGCCCUUGCAAAAGCGCGCUUUGCUGCAGAGGAGAAGUCUUGGAAAGAGUCGGGUGCUCCACAGCUGCUGGCUGCUGUGCCACACACUGCCAACCUCUCUUCUGAAGUCACGACAGCACAGGCACAGGAGCAGCAUGCUGCUGACAGCUUCCAGAACAGCUUGAAGUCUUUGAAGGAAAUGUCUCCCCCGGAGAUUAUCCGCAAAGUUAGCGGCUGGCACACGCUACAGGAACUAGUUGCAGGCUCAAAGCCAAAGGAUACAGAUUCUUGGGAGAAAACCCUUGAGUCCCAAACACAGAAGCUCGAGCGGUUCAACAACGAGUCUCGCAAAAGCGCCCUCGACUUCGAUGCAUCGCAUGCUGCAGAACUGGCCGACAGUGUCGAAAAAGCUUCCUGGCAUGUGGAGCAUGAUGCAGAGGAGCAGAAGCACAGAAUGAAGGCCACUCUCAAGGACGCGCGGCGCAAAGCGCAUGAGCACGUGAAGGCACUCGAGGCCGAAGCCAAGGCCGCCGCGAAGUCAUGGAAGUAUCAUGGCAGGCGAGCAGUGAGGGCACAGCGAGCGGCACACAUGCCGGAGCAUGUCUACGAGCGGCACGAAGACCAGAUGCAAGAUGCAGUUGGGGAUGCAGAGGACAAGGCCGAGGAUGCGGCGGAGCGCCUGGAAGAACAAGUUGGCCAUCACUACGAGAAGCUGGAGGACGAGCUUGCAGAUGCAUCCAUUGGUGCCAGCGGCAAGGCUUUGAGGCACAGGGCAGAGAAGGCCCAACACCGUCUGCAAGAGCUUGCACGGAAUCUUGGUGCGCAGGCGGCGCUAAAGGAGGCCCUUGCAAAAGCGCGCUUUGCUGCAGAGGAGAAGUCUUGGAAAGAGUCGCGUGCUCCACAGCUGCUGGAUGCCACAGCUUCAGGUGAUCACCUGCGAGGACUUUUGAUGGCAAGUGUUUUUACAGCGUCCUUCGUGGCAGCUCUUGCGUUCGUGCAGCGUCGUCGUCCGGUGAAGGUGGAUGCACCUCCUCUCCUGGGCUGA